UCUUUCUGCUGAGUCACGGCCUGCUUGCUGCCUGCACCAUUGCAAUGCCGUGGGUGUUUCUCUGAUUCAUGUCUCGAGUUUCACUGGCCUCAGCAGGGUUUUAUAAGAGGUGCAUCAUGCUCCAUUUGCCUGUCUGAAAAUAAAAUGUAAGAUGACUUUGGCUGGAGAGAACUGCAAAAUAGUAACUUCGCUGAGAGAUGGCGGAGCAGCGUCAGGACGUCACUAUGAUGGAUGAUCACUCAGCUGGCCAGGAGAAGCACAUGCCAUCAGGCUAUCCUCUUCAAAUACCAGUCGAUGAUGGAUCAGAUGAGCCUGUUUCUGAAACAUCUGACGCUAAGAGCACCCCAACUACGGAAGAUGCCACAGCCCCCUUAGUGGAGGAAGGAGACCACGAGGAUCAGGGUGGUGUCGAACAGCAUGGGGAGAUCCCAGAAGGAACCACAGCUGAAGAGGCGGGCAUAGGAGCCACCCCCAACCUGGAGGACCAUGCUGCAGGAGAUGCCGCUCGAGCUCGUAUUGACAGCAAAGACAAGGAAGGGACUGAGGCUGAGGAGAAGAAACCGAAGAAAUCCUCACCUUCCAAUGCCAACCCCCCAGGUGAUAGACCCUCCAUCCCCCCCCAACGACACACCUCCUCUAGCACAACCCCUUCGAAAACACCCUCCAGCCCUGCUUCCGCCUCUAAACGAGUCUCUUCUGUCACAUCCCGACCUGCCAGUGGCGGAAUGCAAGAAACCAAAGCCAAGGGCCCGGAGAUGAGAGGUGGCACGAAGACAGCCACACCACGCUCUGCAGCAGGGCAGGCUCAGAGGAACUCGGCCAAUGCCACACGCAUCCCAGCAAAGACACCCACCACCCCCAAGACGCCUCCCAGCUCUGGCAGAAAGGAGCAGAAAAAAACACCUCCUGCAGCAGCAAAGUCUGAGAAAGGUGAGCAGCCAAAGUCUGGAGACAGAAGCGGUUACAGCAGUCCCGGCUCCCCAGGGACUCCAGGCAGCCGUUCUCGCACUCCUUCUCUGCCCACCCCACCGGCCAGGGAGCCCAAGAAGGUAGCGGUGGUUCGUACGCCACCAAAAUCUCCUGCCUCUGCCAAGAGCCGCAUCCAGCCAUCAGCUGCCCCCAUGCCUGACCUGAAAAACGUCAAGUCCAAAAUUGGCUCAACUGAAAACCUGAAGCACCAGCCUGGAGGUGGCAAGGUGCAGAUUAUUAAUAAGAAGCUGGACUUUAGCAGCGUUCAAUCCAAGUGUGGCUCAAAGGAUAAUAUCAAACACAUCCCGGGAGGAGGCAGUGUGCAGAUUGUUAAUAAGAAGUUGGACUUUAGCAGCGUUCAAUCCAGGUGUGGCUCAAAGGAUAAUAUCAAACACAUCCCGGGAGGAGGCAGUGUUUUAUGCUUCUUGGAAGGCUCCAUGCCUCAUUGUCUGCGGGAUGGAGUGCCUCUAGCAGACAGUGACGUUGUUGCUGAUGCUGUAGAUGAAUAGAUUUAUAAGCAAAUGCAGGCCUUGUUGCUUUAUGUACUGCUGAACUGCACAUGACACUGCACAACCUAUGAAAGCCCAGGUUCCUGCCUAUUCCAUCAGGCAAGUAUGAUCAAUGUAAAUAACAAGUUUCUCCUUGCUAAUGAAUGUGUCCGGUGUGUGUUAGGCAGUGCCCAUGGAGGCUGAGCCUAAAGUAAUACUGAGUUAAUUGAUUUGAACACAGGCAUUUGCAGCCAUUCCCAGAUGAAUAGCCAGACUAAGCUCUCAGUUACUGUGCCAGAAAUCUGGAGAAAUGCUACAAAGAUUGGUGGACUUACACCAGUCUCUUUGGUGGCAGCUUAAUCCAGGAAAGAUGAUGGACUAAGGCAAGAGAGUCACCGAGACCCCAAACAGCGUGAGCAAGUGACAGGGCCUGUGACUGUCCAGUCUGUGGCCAUCCGAGGAAGCCAUCUGGUGCCCCUCAGAUGAUCCCAAUGGAUUUUUCUCUGUGCUGUUUUUGAUCUCUGUGGAUGCGCUCUCUGAGAAGCUGAGUGUUGCAGAGGGCCUGACACAUAAGCAUUGGGGCAUAACUGGGUUUGCAGCGUCCAUCUUACAUUUGAUACCAUUUUGCAUUCACUUGUGGGCCUAAGGAGCUGCUUUGCAGAGGCCUUGGCCUCUGUGAAGCAAGUUCCGUACUGGUUUUGCUAUUUCUUACCCCAGAGUCCUGCACUACUUCUGGCUGGACUGCCUGGUGCGUGGUGGGUCCCACCACUUGUUAUGCCAGGGGUGAGCAUUCCUCGCAUCUCCUCUGUGUCGUAGCUGGUAAUUAGCUGCAGCACAGGACAAGGAGCUCAUCCUUUCCUCCCUUGGGAGCUCACACUAUGGGCAAGCAUUCGCAGCUGCAGUGGGUUAAAAAUCAUAUGGGCUUUUUGGCUGGAGGUUGUCAUCCCUCCCCAGGCUCUCCUAGCAAAGCGAAUUGCGUGAUCGCUGCCUGGCUGCUUUGGCACCGAGAGCAGCACGUAGCUUGGGGUGCAGGCGCUUGGAGCAAAGCUGUAUGUAUGUCAGUGUGGCUGGAGCACGGCCCCCUGGGCUGUCCUGGUGGCAGAGCUGUGCUCUGGGGCUUCUCCGGUAGAAGAGCAGAAACAAACCAGCAGGGUUUGAUGGCAAUUGCAUCUUAAUCCUCAGCAACCAUUUCAGCAGCGAGUGCCUGCCCAGUCAUUGCAGCCUCCGAGGAAAUGAACUGUUGCUACAGUAACCUGUUUUUUUUUUUUUUUUUUUUUAUGCCAGUGGAUGUUUUGUCAAGGGGAUGUAUUAGACAAAAGUUGACCUAAACACUGCUGAUGCUAAGAGACAGGAUCCCCAGGUCUCUGGCAUUAAUUUCCCAAGCAAGCAGCUCUGUGCCCCUUUUCCUUCCUUGCUAAAAAAAAGUGGACCCUUCUCCACUCCUCCGCAGGAUGGCAAGAGUUAAUCGAGUCCUGGCUGUUAAGGAAAAAAAAAAAAUCUGGAAGGAGAGCAGAGAUUGUAAUUGCUGAUUGCUUGCUCUGGAAAUGGGAGGCCCUUCAGGUCCCAAAUCAUUGUGGUGCCCAAAUCACUCGUAGCCCAUCCAGGAUCAUGGUUGGGGUUAGGGUUUGCUGGAUGCUGCAGGGCACCAGCCAGCUCUGUCCUCCUGGGGGUUGUUUCCUGCCUUCCAACCAAGUUCACCUCUCCUCCUGCCCAGUACAUUAAAUGUGUGGAUCACCCCCCCCAUCUUUGUGUCUAUCUCUGUGAUAUGCUGCCAGAUUCUAGGACUGCUUUUGUCCCCUCUCUCUGUCUUCACUCUGUCGAGCGUGCCCUUUGGUGUGCAUGGGUAUCAGAGCCAAGGCAGGCCUGUGCACAUGCUGCUCUGCUGCCAUGCUGGUGGGACAGUGACACUGAGCCUGUGUCACUGCAGGAGAUAGGCCCAGGAGAUGACAGGGUCAGACCUACAGGAACCAAAGGUUUUUUCGCAUGUGGUCUGGUGCCAGCCCAAGUGCCAGGGAUGUGGUGUGCCGUUAUGUUCCCUCUAACCCCCUUUUCCUUGCUGUGUACCACUGGUGGAGGCAGGGAGGUUUCUCGCUGGCAUGCACAUCCGCUGUUCAGCCUCUGGCUAUGAGGCUGAUGUGUCCCUGUGACUGCUGGGACCAGUGGGCCAGGAACCAACAUGGAAAGCAAAGGACUCACCUUCAUCUCGGGGUUCUGAAUCACGACAGGACACUCAGACGCGCUGGAGAGCAGCAGCUACGGCAAAUCUUUUAGCUAGCUUUUGGCUGCCCUGGUCUGGAGGCUGCCUGGCUGCUUGAAGGAGUUGCCUCCUUUGCGGAGGGUCCCUUAGUGCCAGCACAUCCUUUCCAGGCCUCAAGAGAGCAGCACACCAGCCUUGGCACUUGGUAAAAAUGCAGGGAGCAGCAUAUGCUCCUCAUGAAACCCCCAUCUGUUACUGAGAGCCAGGCACUUCCCAGAGAGCAGGAAUUAACUUAGAGGCAUCGACGGUCUGAUCUCUCCUGCACAGGCCCGCUGACCUACAGCACUAGCUGACUCACACGCUCAGGUGUGAGUCCAAAACUGGGGUCCAAGGUAACUUUUGGGGAUAUGUGGAUGUUUUUCUCCUCCCUUGUUUCCUGCUCCUGAUGUUGCUGGUCUGAAUGUGCUGUGGUUUGCAGUCCGUGGCACGCCUGACGGUCCCCGACCUCUCCAGUUGUUGGUAUUUUCCAGUGUGGUGUUUAACUGCUAACGUAACCACUAAACAGCUCCACGUUAACUGUUCCUUGUGUGUGUGUCUCGUGUAACCCGGUUCUCGGUGCGCGAGAGGCCGCCGGCUGCCCGGCCCCUCGCCCAGACGCGUUGCAGCACCGUGGCGGGUCUUUGAAUUUGGAGGUUUAAGUGGAAUUGCUGGAGCCCUUAUUCAGAGACGUGCUGUGUAAAACAAUAAAAACAGAGUGUAAUACCAUAAAAUACUGUUGUGGUUCAGUAUAUUAUAAUUGCCAUUUUAAUUUAUAUUAUGUGAACUUCUGAUAAAUAUUUAAACUUUGCUUUUGCCUUUUUUUUUAACCCUUAUUUCCAUUACAGCAUUUUUCAGAAAUGCAUAUUUUGGUCACUCUUUUAAAAGU